GAAUCAAGGGGCACCGCAACCGCAGGGAUUGCAGCUGCUUCUAAUUUCUGCUGUUCCCCGGCCCUGUCUGUCCUACGCUGGGCGAAGCACCUGAUCACCCUUGCGACUGCGACGACUCACGCCCGUUCCUCUUCGCGACCACGACAACAAGACACAAACACCCCGCCGGCGGACGAACCCCAAGCCCGCACCGAAUAGCGCACUGCACGACGAGCGACGAGCGCCCGCAGCAUGGACGACAACAACCGGAUCACCAUCACAGUGUGCGGCGACGGUGGAUGCGGCAAAUCGUCAAUCACGCUGCGUCUGGUACGGAGUCAAUGGACCCACGAAUACGACCCGACGAUAGAGGACUCAUACUCCGUCACCCGAACGAUAGACGGACAGACGUACAUGCUCAUGCUCACCGACACGGCCGGACAGGAGGAAUACCGCGGCCUCUGGGCAGCGUCCAACCUGCGCAGUGAUGCCUUCCUGCUGGUGUAUGACAUCACGAACGCGAAUUCGCUCGAUGCGCUGGACUACUUCAUGGAUAUGAUAGAGAUGGAGACGGAACAGCGGCUGGACGAGGGCCGGGUCCCGCCUGUCAAGAUCGUGGCCGGGAACAAAUGCGACUUGCAGGGCGCGAGGCAGAUCCGGAGUCCUCAAGGUCUGGAGUGGGCCCGGAAGAGGAGGUGCGGCUUCAUGGAGACUAGUGCCAGGGAGAUGGUCAACAUCGAGGAGACCUUUGCGCUUCUCGUACGCCGAGUCGUUGAAGCCAGACGCCUCCAAGCCACAGGCGGCGCCCCAGCCGCUGCUGCCCGCACAGAACCUCUACCUCCCCUCUCCGAGAAGCAAAUAGCGGAUAGUCAGAUGCCAGGGAACACGUUCAGACCCGACGGACCGAAGCAGAGCUUCUGGGAGAAGUUAAAAUGUUGGUAGACGCUAGUGAAGAGGAGGAGCAGGAGCUGUAAGAUUGUGCUAUAAUGUAAAGACGCAUCGCUUUGUUUCAUACAACCAGAUAUCUUCUAUCUGGAACAUAUUCUGUACGAGUAUCUUGAGGAGGAAAACGUCGGCGACGCUAGGUCUCUGAGGCUGGAUUCCACACCUCCACAUGUCCUUCACCUGGGCUUUCUUAUGUACGAGUAUCUUCGGGGAUGAGGAGGUGGGUGGAGCUGGCUGUCUUGGGAUGAGAUAUGGACGCAUUGUAAAUAUUGUAUUGUCUGGAUCCGGCUGUUUUCUCUUCUGUAACCACUGCCUUAAAGUCAUAUCUAUAAUAAGGACAAACAUGAUCAGGAAG